AUGCGUAUGGCUGCAUAUCUGUUAUGCAUAUUCAUUGCAGCAACAGUUGGCGGAACACUGUCAAUUCCACAUGGUAGAACACCAAAUAACCAUUUUCGUAUUUUCAAUAUCUUUCAUAUCAUCACCUUUUGGAUGGGUUUAACCUUUGAACUGCGGGACGUGAAAAAUAUCGUUUCCGACAAACCGUUUGUUCUGAUUGCGAAUCAUCAAACAAUUAUCGAUGUCUUAGGGAUGUCCUUUAUCUGGCCAGAAAAUUGUGUAGUUUUGCUGAAAAGUAGCCUCAAGUUUGCACCAGGAUUUAAUCUCUGUACCUUUCUCUGUAAUUCAAUUUUUAUUGACCGGUUCAGCAAAACGCAUGCCCAUAGAGCUGUUGAUAAUGUUGUGGAUGCGGUAAGAAAGCAUCAGAGAAAAAUUUGGAUUUACCCAGAAGGAACAAGAGAUGCUGGUGGAAACAUGUUACCGUUCAAAAAGGGAGCAUUCUUGAUCGCAAAAAGGGCGAAUAUCCCAAUCGUACCAGUCGUGUUUUCUUCGCAUCGAAAUUUCUAUGACCUUGCUGAAAGGAGAUUUGACUAUGGUGGUCAUGUUAUAGUUAAAGCUUUGCCGCCAAUAGAAUCCAGUGAGUUCGAUGAUGUCGACGACCUAUUACAGGAAUGUCGGAAACAAAUGGAAGCAACUUAUGCAGAGUUAAAUAAGGAGCUUAAAAAUGAAAUCAAUAAUAACACGACUAAACGAAAAAAUGAUUACCAGUAUCAGAAUGCGUAUUCCAACAAUAAUGUGGCUUCUUCAACGUGA